GUUUGUUUUCGGUCACGCUAUCUAACCUUGUAGAUAAUGAAGAAGAAGCAUGCACGAGAAAGUUUAAAUAGACUCGGAGAUGUUUCGUUCAUUGGAACAGUGAAUGUUGCUUCUUUGCAAUCUGUUUCCCUAGAUGAUGAACUGCCAUCCUGACUGUAUCGACAUGAAGCCUGUGAUCAAAACAUCUUUUCUUGGAGAUCCAAGGUCUGGGUCGAAUAAAGAGGGUGUUGAAACUUUAGUGCUGAGCAAAAUGGAGGAAUCAGGUGUGAUCUUUUGCCAACGGCUGAAAUAUAGAGUAAAAAAUAUUCAGGUGCCAGAUGAAAGACCUUUGGAUGUUAAAACAGAAGCAGAACUUUCCAUUUCCAAGCCUUCGAACUUCAGUAAGACACCUGUUAAAAAACACAGCACUCAGACUCCUGUUAAAGAAUACAUCUGUAAGCUGUGUGGCAUGGAGUAUCGCCAGAACAUAAGCUUGGUGCGUCACAUGCGAAUACACACAGGUGAGGCACCGCACGUCUGUGAACUCUGUGGGAGGGCUUUCCGUCGUAAAGACUGGCUUCAGUUGCACAGAAGCAUCCACACGGGUAACAAGCGAAAGCUUGUGAAGAGCUUCAGUUGCCAUGAGUGUGGGAAGAAGUUUACUGGCUCCACCGCACUCCAGAGUCACCUGUAUAAGCACAGAGGCGAGAGGCCGUUUGCCUGCGUGCACUGCGGCAAGACUUUCUACAGUCAGACCAACCUUAAACGGCAUCAGGUGGAUUCUCAUUCUGACGGCAAACCGUUCAGCUGUCCUGUGUGUGGAAGCGGAUUCUCGCGUCUUUUUUCGCUGGAGAAACACAUGCGGAUUCACACAGGAGAGAUGCCUUUCUCCUGUCUGGACUGUGGAAAGACUUUUCGUCAUAAAUACUCCAUGGAUGUGCAUCGUAAACAGCACUCAGCUAGUUGAUGUAAUGCACAUUCUUGCAUGUCACAUGAAUGUUUGUUCUUAUUUGGUUGAGUCAGGUCCCUUUUAUUGAUGAUUUUUCUUUUGAAUUUUAUCACACCUGUUUAGUGCCAAUA